GGAAGUUUGCAAACAUGCUGUCGUCCGCUCCAACUUGGAUUCAGUCAGAGUAAGGGCGGUGCUUUUUGGCGAAGAAGGAGAGGGGUAACGGUUUACUUGAAAUAAAUACGCUCCACAGAAUGCCUGCCGACUGUUCUCCAGCAAUAGCGAGGAGUGAUGAGUUUAACUAAAAGUUGAGUCUUGGAAGUUCUGGAAACACGGUGCGUUGCGCUGUGGCUAAACUGGCGGUGUGUUUUUUAAGAGUCAUGGCUGCUCAGUGCGACUCUUUGAGCGGAUAUCUUCAGCAGUCCGACCCGGGCUCCAACAGUGAGCGCAGCACAGACUCUCCUCUCCCCGUGUCGGAGGAUGACGCCGGAGGGCCCUCGGUGCCGCCCGACCCGGAGUGGACCGAGGAGAGAUUUCGAGUGGACCGUAAGAAACUGGAGAUAAUGCUACUAGCUGCCACGGAGGGAAGAGUGAAUGGGGGAGAAGAUUUCUUCCAAAAGGUGAUGGAGGAGACCCGGACUCAGAUAGCGUGGCCCUCCAAGCUGAAGAUCGGGGCCAAGUCCAAGAAAGAUCCGCAUAUUAAAGUCAGUGGGAAACGCGAUGACGUGAAGGAGGCCAAGGAGAAGAUCAUGUCUGUCCUGGACACAAAGAGUAACCGGGUGACCCUGAAGAUGGACGUGUCCCACACGGAGCACUCCCACGUGAUCGGCAAAGGAGGCAACAACAUCAAGAGGGUGAUGGAGGAGACCGGAUGCCACAUUCACUUCCCCGACUCCAACCGCAACAACCAGGCCGAGAAGAGCAACCAGGUGUCCAUAGCUGGCCAACCAGGAGGGGUGGAGGCAGCCAGAGCCAGAAUCAGGGAGCUUCUGCCAUUGGUGCUGAUGUUCGAGCUGCCGGUGAUGGUGCAGAUGAACCCGGACCCGAGUUCGCCGGCCAUCCAGCACAUCGCGCAGACCUACAGCAUCUCCGUCAGCUUCAAGCAGCGAUCGCGUCUCUACGGCACCACCGGGGUGGUCAGGGGCUCGCAGAACAACGCCGCCGCUGUCAAGCGCGGAACUGCGGUUCUCCUCGAGCACCUGGCCGGGUCGCUAGCCGGCGCCAUCACGGUCAGCACGCAGCUGGACAUCGCGCCUCAGCAUCACCUCUUCAUGAUGGGUCGCAACGGCAGCAACCUGAAGCACGUGAUGCAGCGCAGUGGCGCCCAGGUGCACUUCCCCGACCCCGCCAGCCUGCAGAAGAAGUCCACCGUCUACGUGCAGGGCAGCAUCGACGCCGUCUGCCUCGCCAGACAGUACCUCAUGGGUUGUCUACCGCUGGUGCUGAUGUUUGACAUCAAGGAGGACAUCGAGGUGGACCCCCAGUUCAUAACCACUCUCAUGGAGCAGCUGGACGUCUUCAUCAGCGUCAAGCCCAAACCCAAACAGCCCAGCAAGUCGGUGAUUGUGAAGAGCGUGGAGCGCAACGCCCUCAACAUGUACGAGGCGCGUCGCUUCCUGCUGGGCCUGGAGAACAGCGGCGUGGUCAUCUCCUCCUCCUCCAUCACCUCCUCCUCCAUCACCUCCUCCUCCUCCUCCAACGCCUCCUCCAACGCCUCCCUCUCCUCCUGCUCCUCGCCCCCCUCCUCGUCCUGCGUGAACACCACCCCCACCCCCACCACCAGCCCCUCUGGUCCUCCUCCUCCUCCUCCUCCUCCUCCUCCGUCUCUCAGCUGCCCUCCUCCUCCUGUGGGGCUGGAUAUCCUCGCCUCCGCCGGCCUGGGACUCACCAGCCUAGGUCUGUUGGGCCCGUCCGCGGCAUCCAUGACCCAGAACUCUCUCCUGAACGCCCUCAACAGCUCCAUCAGCCCGCUGCAGAACCCACAGAACUCCACAGCCAACACCUCCACGCUCUGGUCCAGCGCAUCCAGCAACACAGGGUUCUCGUCCCCGCUGCUGAUCCACCCGGCCACCCAGGCUACCUUAACCAACAUCCUGCUAUCGGGGGUGCAGGGCUUCACCCACGCCCACAGCCACGGCCACGGCCACGGCCACAGCACCCCAUCCCCGCCCCCGCCGCCUCCCGGCCUGGCGCCUCGAGACCUGGUGGGCAACCCCCCCGGCACCGACGGGCCCGACUGCAGCAAGGUCAUGGCACCCCUGAACGGCCAUGUCAAGCAUGCGUCUUCAGUGUACAGCCGGAUGACAGCAGCAGCAGCAGCAGCAGCAUUGGCUGAUAAGGUCUUGAGUGCCAGCGUGGGCCACGGCCACAGCCAAUCAGGACACAGCGUGGGCCACAGCCACAGCCACAGCCAAUCAGGACACAGCGUGGGCCACAGCCACAGCCAAUCAGGACACAACGAGUGCAGAGCAGACACCAGCGGUCACUGCCCAUCAGACUCACUACAGAACAAACAGCCAUCUGACCAAGGUUCCAACGAUGCGUUUGUGGAGGUGGGCAUGCCCCGAAGCCCCUCCCACUCGGGCAGCAGCAGCGAACUGAAGCAGAUGUUGGCCUCCUGUGUGGCCUCAGGGAAGAGGCAGGCUCUCGAGCUACUACAGGGGACCAAGAACUCACACUUACACUCUGACUGCCUGAUGUCGGACUCUGACUCGAGUGCCUCUGACGGUCCGGUGGCGGACAAGCGUGCCCCGGGCAGCGAGCGGGCGGCGGAGAGGGCAGCGCAGCAGCAGAACUCGGAGCGCAUGCUCCUGGCACCACAGACAUCCUUCCCCAACAUGGAGGCAUUCGACUAUGAGCAGAAAAAGUUGCUUGCAACCAAAGCCAUGUUGAAGAAGCCGGUGGUGACGGAGGUGCGGACCCCCACCAACACCUGGAGUGGCCUGGGCUUCUCCAAGUCCAUGCCGGCCGAGACCAUCAAGGAGCUGCGCAGGGCCAACCACGUCCCCUACAAGCCCACCAUGUGCACCACCUACGAGGGAUCGCCACUGUCGCUGUCCCGUUCCAACAGCCGAGAGGGCUUGGGAAACGGCAGUGACUCGGACAACUGGCGGGAUCGCAACGGAACCGCCCCGGGGAACGGAGCCGGACUCUCCACACACAGCGAGUUCCCGUCCUCCAUCAGCCCAAAAAGGAAGCCGACCAAGACAGUGGAGCACUUCCUGAGCAGCAGCAACUACAUGGACUGCAUCUCCUCGGUAACCGGUAGCAACGGCUGCAGCCUCAACUCCUCCUUCAAGGGUUCCGACCUGCCUGAGCUCUUCAGCACGCUGGGACUCGGCAAAUACACAGACGUCUUCCAACAACAGGAGAUCGAUCUGCAGACGUUCCUCACUCUAACUGACCAUGAUCUGAAGGAGCUGGGAAUCACCACCUUUGGAGCUCGCAGGAAAAUGCUGCUCGCCAUUUCAGAGUUGAACAAGAACCGGAGGAAGCUGUUCGAGCCACCCAACAUCCGCUCCUCCUUCCUAGAGGGCGGGGCCAGCGGCCGGUUGCCACGGCAAUUCGGACUCUCGGACAUCGCCAGCGUCAGCGGAAGGUGGUAGGGGUCAGUCUCAGCCCCCA